GCCAGCCUACCACCUUUCCCCGGGGCCGCUACCUCGAAUGCAUUUCCUGCGCCACCUCGGACAUGAGCUGCGAGAGGGGACGGCACCAGAGCCUGCAGUGCCGCAGUCCCGGGGAGCAGUGCCUGGAGGUGGUGACCCACCGGACCCUGGAAGGUAAGCAAGGGUCUCUAAAUGAUGAGACACACUCCCGUGGCUGUGGCUACCUCCCUGGCUGCCCUGGCCCCACUGGCUUCCACAAUAACUACACCUUCCACUUCCUGCAGUGCUGUAAUACCACCAAAUGCAACAGGGGCCCAGUGCUGGAGCUUGAAAACCUGCCACAGAACGGCAUCCAGUGUCACAGCUGUGAGGGGAACAGCACCCAUGGGUGCUCCUCCAAAGAGACUUCCCUCAUCGACUGCCGAGGCCCCAUGGAUCAAUGUCUGGAAGCCACUGGUACUACUGGUCUAGGGAGCCCCGGCUAUACGGUAAGAGGCUGUGCCACCGCCUCCUGGUGCCAAAGCCUCCAUGUGGCUGACGCCUUCAGCCUGACCCAACUCAGGGUCUCGUGCUGUACCACAAGUAGCUGUAACUACCCAGGCCAGGAUAUCCAGCACCGCAGUGGGGGUGGCCCCCCGCAUGGCCCUGCCCGUCUCAGCCUCACCGUCACCCUGCUCAUGACCGCCAGACUGUGGGGAGGCACUCUCCUCUGGACCUGAACCCAAACCUCCCCUCCUUGCCCUGGCUGGAUCCAGGGGACCUCUUUGCCCCUCCCUCAGCUCCCAGCCCUUUAGACGUGCUGUGUCACCUCAGGCCAAUGUGCUGACUACUCUGGGCCUCAGUUUCCCCAGCUAAAAAACACCUAUUUCACAGAGGUGUGAGAACCAGAGGGGAAAAACUGGAGAAAGGCUAUUGGCCAGCAGGACAGCUCUUGUUAUUAUUAAUAUUAUUGCCGCUAUUUUGUGUUAUUAUUAAUUAAUAUUCAUAUUAUUUAUUUUAUACU